CUGAUCUCCUCCAAAGUCCCCAAGGCAGAGUACGUUCCCACCAUCAUCCGCAGGGAUGACCCCUCAAUCAUCCCCAUCCUCUAUGACCAUGAACAUGCUACGUUUGAUGAUAUCCUCGAGGAGAUUGACAAGAAGUUAACAGCCUACAGGAGAGGCAGCAGAAUCUGGAGGAUGCUCAUUUUCUGUCAGGGAGGUCCAGGGCAUCUGUACCUGUUGAAGAAUAAAGUGGCCACAUUCGCCAAGGUGGAGAAAGAGGAGGACAUGAGUCAGUUCUGGAGGAGGCUGAGUCGGUUUAUGAGCAAAGUGAACCCUGAACCCAACCUCAUCCACAUUAUGGGCUGCUACGUCCUGGGAAACCCCAAUGGAGAGAAGGUACACUACAUCUCUCACAUGUUAAAACACACACAUACCAGAUUACUGGAGAAAAAUUGGUGUUGACUGAUCAGAUCAAAUGAUGACAUAAAGAGCGUUGUGUUGAACACUGUGAUGUUUAACAGUGAGAAUGGCAGAA